CCCCCCCUGCUUCGCCUCGCCGGCGGCCUCCCGCCCCCCCUUCUCCCUCCACUCCUCCUCCUCCUCCAUCCUCCAGUCCAAGAUGGCGGCGGCGGCGGCGGCGGCGACGGCUCCUCCGGGCUGCCCCGGUUCGUGCCCCAACUUCGCCGUAGUCUGCUCCUUUCUGGAGCGAUACGGGCCGCUGCUCGACCUGCCCGAGCUGCCUUUCCCGGAGUUGGAGCGGGUGCUGCAGGCGCCCACGCCCGACGCCGGCGACAGUGAGGUACCUAAAGAAUUGGUGGAGCUCCAUUUGAAACUGAUGAGGAAGAUUGGUAAAUCUGUAACAGCAGACAGAUGGGAAAAAUAUUUGAUCAAGAUGUGCCAAGAGUUCAAUAGCACUUGGGCAUGGGAGAUGGAGAAGAAGGGCUAUCUUGAAAUGAGUGUUGAAUGCAAACUGGGACUUUUAAAGUACCUCUGUGAAUGUCAGUUUGAUGACAAUUUGAAGUUUAAGAACAUUAUUAAUGAGGAAGAUGCUGAUGCCAUGCGCCUCCAGCCAAUUGGCCGAGAUAAGGACGGUCUCAUGUAUUGGUACCAGCUGGACCAAGAUCAUAAUGUCAGAAUGUACAUAGAAGAGCAAGAUGAUCAAGAUGGAUCUUCAUGGAAAUGUAUCGUCAGAAACAGAAAUGAAUUGGCUGAGACUCUGGAACUCCUGAAAGCUCAAAUAGAUCCUGCCCUUUUGAAAAAUUCCAGCCAACAGGAUGCCUCCUCCCGGGAAAGUCCCAGCCUAGAAGAAGAAGAAACAAAAAAAGACGGAGAAACACCUAAGCAAGAGGAGGAAUUAAAAUCAAAAGAUGAGAAAGUGAAAGUGGAGGAACCAGCAAAAGACUCUGAAAAUCUUCCUGUACCUCCUAUCUCAGAAGAGAAUCCUGUGAAAGUUGAGAAACCAGGAGAAAAAGAGCUUGGGAAAACACCAGUCAUAGUGAAGCUAGAAAAACCUUUAGAGAAUGAGGAGAACAAGAUCCCCAAAGAAGAAAAUGAUUCCUUCAAGGAAAAUGUUAAGCCUAUUAAAGUGGAGGUUAAGGAAUGCAAAGUGGAACCAAAAGAUGUUAAAAGUGGCACAGAGAAAAUGACUGUUCAUGAACCUGAGCGUUUAGAAAUUGGUAUUAAGCCUCCUCCAGAAAUUAUAGAGAAAUCAACUGAAGAAACGGAAAAAUUAAAAAAUGACCAGCAAGCAAAGAUACCCUUGAAAAAACGUGAGAUUAAAUUGACUGAUGAUUUUGAUAGCCCAGUCAAGGGACCUUUGUGUAAAUCAGUGACUCCAACAAAAGAUGCGUUGAAAGAGGAGGUGAAACCUGAGGAGGAGAUUUGUAAACGAAUUCCCACAAUCGUGGCUUUGUGUCCUGAAGGGAAACAGUUAGUCAAUGGAGAAGUUAGUGGGGAAAAAACCACUCCAAGAAAUAAGACAGAGCAAUUAGAAACCAAGCUCUACAAUCUAAAGGAAGGGAGCAGUCACCCAGCCAAGGAGAAAAAUGGCUUGGUGUUGGACAAUGAAGCAGAGUCCUUGAUGGGUCUAAAUAAAAGCAUAAAAGCAAAUGAAUCUGGGAAAGAUGGAGAGGGUACUAUUCAGAGAGGGCAAGGACUGGAAGAAUCUGGUCCUCCAGAAACAGAAAAAGCUCUUGACCACACUUCAGAAAUGGCAGAAGAUCUUUCUUUGAAAACAACUUUCUCCUCCACUGAAGCUUGUCCAAAGAAAGUUGAAGAAAAGUCCUCUGCUAAAAAUAAGAAGGACAAACGACCUCCACUCUUAGAAUGUCUAGAAAAGUUAGAGAAGUCCAAGAAGACUAUUCUUGAGAAGGACUCAUCAAAACUGAGUCCUAUACCUGAAGAAGCUGCAAAGAACAUCAUAGAUUCAGAGAAGAUGCCUUGUUCCUCAGAAGCAGCAGAGAUCUCUCCAACUUCUUCUAUUCCUGAUAACCAGGAGAAGACAGCUUCUGAAAAGGAUGGAUCAAAACCCAAUGAUGAUAGCCAGCACCUGGAAAAAACAGACCCUGAGGUUCUCAAGGAGGAAGUGGAACUUUCCAAGGUUGGAAUUGAUAAAUUAGAUAGCAGCCAACCUUGUAAAAUAGAAGAAACUUCAGAGACCAAGAAGGGGUCCACCAUGCAAAAAAGUAAAUUUAAAUAUAAACUGGUUCCUGAGGAAGAAACCACUGAAACAGAAAAUAAGGAAAUAACAUCCGAAAGGCAGAAAGAAGGAAUCAAAUUAACAAUCAGGAUUUCUAGCAGGAAGAAAAAACCUGAUCCUCCCCCAAAGGUUCUUGAUACUGAGGUAAAGGAAGAGACAGAAAAGGAAGAAGAGAAAGUAACUCCUGGUCGAACUUUAAGAAGGUCACCAAGAAUAUCUAGACCCACAGCGAAAGUAGCUGAGAUACGGGAUCAAAAGGCUGAUAAAAAACGAGAGGAGGAAGAGAAAGAAGACACAUCAUCUGUCCAAAAACAAGACAAAAAGGAGAACUCCAGAAAGCCUGACAAGGAUGCUAAUUCUAAAGUAAACAAGGUGAAAUCCAAGAACAAAGUCCGGUGGACAGGUUCUCGAACACGUGGUCGGUGGAAAUAUUCUAGCAAUGAUGAAAGUGAAGAAUCUGAGAGUGAAAAAUCUUCUGCUGAUUCAGAGGAGGAAGAAGAAAAGGAAACUGAGGAAGCUGUGCCAGCAGAUGAUGAUGAACCGUGCAAGAAAUGUGGCCUUCCCAAUCAUCCUGAACUAAUUCUUUUGUGUGAUUCAUGUGACAGUGGAUACCAUACAGCCUGCCUUCGUCCCCCUUUGAUGAUAAUUCCUGAUGGAGAGUGGUUUUGUCCCCCUUGCCAACACAAACUUCUCUGCGAAAAACUAGAGGAGCAAUUGCAGGAUUUGGAUGUUGCCUUGAAAAAGAAGGAGCGCGCUGAACGCAGGAAAGAGCGAUUGGUAUAUGUGGGUAUCAGUAUUGAGAACAUCAUCCCUCCUCAGGAACCAGAAUUAACCGAUGAUCAUGAAGAAAAGAAGAAAGAUUCCAAAAAAUCCAAAACACAUGUUCUUGAAAGGAGGUCGACAAGAACAAGGAAGUGUAUAAGUUAUAGAUUUGAUGAAUUUGAUGAGGCAAUUGAUGAAGCAAUUGAAGAUGAUAUCAAAGAAGCUGAUGGAGGGGGAAUUGGCAGAGGAAAAGAUAUUUCCACCAUUACAGGUCAUCGAGGGAAAGACAUCUCAACCAUUUUGGAAGAAGAAAGGAAAGAAAGUAAGCGGCCACAACGGGCAGCUGCUGCUCGACGGAAGAAACGGCGGCGGCUAAAUGAUCUUGAUAGUGACAGCAAUCUGGAUGAAGAAGAGAGUGAGGAUGAAUUUAAGAUCAGUGAUGGAUCUCAGGAUGAGUUUGUUGUGUCAGAGGAAAACCCAGAUGAGAGUGAAGAGGAACAGCCCUCAAAUGAAGACAGUGACACUGAAUUCUGUACCCGAAGAUCCCGGAGACACCACUCCAAGCCGAUGAGGCAGAGCAGGCGUUUGCGAAGAAAGACAGUGAAGAAAAAGUAUUCUGAUGAUGAUGAAGAAGAAGAUUCUGAGGAGAAUAGUAGAGCAUCUGAGAGUGAUUAUAGUGAUUACAGUGAAGAUUAUCUGGAAACUAGACGGAGAAGGUCAAGAAGGAACCAGAAAAGACAAGUUAACUAUAAAGAGGACUCAGAAAGUGAUGGUUCCCAGAAGAGCUUCAGAUAUGGGAAAGAAAUGAGACGAGUUCACAAACGCAGGCUUUCCAGCUCAGAUAGUGAAGAGAGCUACAUGUCCAAGAAUUCUGAUGAUGAUGAACCAGCUAAAGAAUCUCAACGGUCCAUUCGAAAGCGAGGUCGAAAUACAAAUGACUGUUCUGAAGCAGAAGCGGAGGAGGAAGAAGGCCGACCUACUCGAAAACGACUGCAUCGUAUCGAGACAGAUGAAGAAGAAAAUUGUGAGAAUACUAAUGAUACUGUGGAACAGCCUGCAGCAGCCAGCAAGCACUCAGUAUCAUCACAUGGACAGCACGAUCAUGCCAGAAAGCCCUAUAGGAUAGACAGUGAUGAGGAAGAGGACUUUGAAAACGUUGGGAAAGUAGAAAGCCCAUUGGACUAUAGCUUAGUGGACUUGCCUUCUGCCAAUGGACAGAGCCCUGGCAAGGCUAUUGAGAACUUAAUUGGCAAACCACCUGAAAAGCCUCAAGCCCCCAAGGACAGCACAGCCAAUGCCAGCCUAGCACCCAAUGGGACAGGUGGUGCACAGGAGGCAGGAGCACCAGAAGAAGAAGAGGAUGAACUUUUAAGAGUGACUGACCUUGUUGAUUAUGUCUGUAACAGUGAACAGUUAUAAGACUUUUUUCCAUUUUUGUGCUAAUUUAUUCCACGGUAGCUCUCACACCAGCGGGCCAGUUACUAAAAGCUGUUUUAUUUUUCCUAGAAAACUCUCCACUACAGGAUCACUUUUUAGAAGCAAAAAUUUCACCAGUCCCUGCAGUCUUUCUGUGAAGUGACCAGUUUUGAACUUUGAAGAUAAAUAAUCGCUGUAAAUUCCCUUUGCUGUUUUUUUUUGUUUGGUUUUUGGUUUUGGUUUUGCCUCCUCCCCAAGUUCAUGGUCCUUGAUAAUUUCAUUCAUGGGAAAAACAAAACACAAACACACAAAAACCCCAUAUUCUAAUAACAACAAAAGAUUUGUAUAUUUUUUACUUUAUAGUUCCUGAGCUCUCUUGACUUUGUGAUGGAUAAGAAUGCAUUCCAAAUCUGUCAGGGCCCAAAAUGGAAUUUGGGGGUGGGAGGAAGCACUUGUGCUUUAUUGUUUUCAUAUUAAAUAUAUAUAUAUAUUAUAUUUAAACAUUCAUGACAUUACGAUUAACAGACAGUUAAGUACAUGUCUGUGUUAUCGAAUUUUGUGAAUUGUAGAUAACAUCAUACCAUAACUCAUUUAGUAGCAACCUUCAUGAAAUCAACUUGUUUAAUACUGGAGAUAACCACACUUAAUCAAAAAGAGACCAAGUAAGUACCAUUAGUAAGAGCUCUAAUUUAAGUAUCUGUUACAAUGGAGUUUCUUUUUUUUUUAUCAUCUGAAAAACAUAGAUAACAUGAAACAUAGUAUAAUGAAGCUUAGACAGCCAAAUUGUGCUAACAACAAAUUUUAUAAAAUGGCUUUAUGCAUAUUUGAUCCGAUCAUCCCUAUUGUACCAUGUCCUGAUAGAAAAUAUCAAUGUGGUGAUUGUACAUAUUUGGUUGAUAUGUCAAAAGAGAUAGUGUAAACAUUAACAGAUAGCAUAAGUAUUGUUUUUAACAACUGACCACUUAAUGUUUAAACAUUUGAAAGGUCAUUUUGAGAUAAUAUAUCUAUAUCUAUAUAGAUAUUUGCAUAUGCCAUACAUUUUAAUAGACGCUGAGCUGACAAUGGGAUUUUAGCACAUUUCAUGAUGGGAGUGGGUUUUCAGGUGACUCCUAACCAAUCUAUUCUUGCCCUUACUAUCUACUUCAAAUUGAAGUCUACAAACCAAGCAGUUCCUUUGGAAGGUAUUUUAGUUGAGUGAGUAUGUGUGCGUGUGUGUGUGUGUCUGUGUGUGUGUGUGUGCGCGCUUGUGUGUGUGCAUGUUUUGGGAUUUCCUAUUUGUCUGGAUGUCUUAGCAGGUUUUAAGUGUCAUUUUUUGCCUUUGGCCAUUAGAAUUUUAUUCAAAUUCAUUUACCACCCAUAUGACCAACCUAAAGAAGAAGGAAAACAGCCAGUAUAUCGCCUAAGUUUGUGGGUGUAGCAUCCACUCAUAUGCCUUGACACAAAGUGAUGCCUGACAUUUUAGCAGGAAGAUGGGGAAUUGAGGUGGACAGUUGAGCACCUGGUUGACACUAACCAUGGUCCUCAUUUUAUUCAGCCUUUGUAUCAUCCUGUGAAGUUUCAGGUAGGAGCCCUAACAUUUGGACAAAGCAUAGUAGCCUUUUUGAUGAACCUUCAAUGUGUCCUUUUGAAACCAGAGAUGGUCACUUCUGGUCAGCCCUUUUUUUGCAGUGGGAUUUAGAUUCCCCUCCCCCUCCCCCUUUUCUGUCCAUUGCUGGCAAUGGAUAAAUGUUACCUGCUGAUGACCAAGCUAUCUCCUUUCCAAAUUAAACCUUUUGUGUGCUAGUCAAUCCAUAAUUAAGCACUUCUUUUUUAUUUUUAUUUUUCAAAGCUGGCACUAGAACUACAUAUAAAUACCUCUCUAGAAAACUUUGCUUGCCUUCCCUUUGUGUCCCUCCCCAAUUUCAUUCCCAGACUUAACUUUUGGCCUUGAAAGUUUAUAGCUUUUUUUUUUUUUUGACUGAUGUUGGUUCUUUACUGUUUAUUCUACUUCACUUUAGUUCUGUAGUUCACCUGUCCAUUAAUAUUUUUGUUGGAUUCUAGCAAUGUAUAUUUCGUCUGUUUUAAAAAAUAAAAUAAAAUAAUCAAAGGCAACCUAAAAUUAGGAUGCACCAGUAGUAUGCUGUGUUAAGGAAGUUGUGACUUUAUUUUGAAGAGUGACCCAUUUUAAGGGGAAGAAAUGACUUGCGUUCACAGGCUACAAAAUGCCUUUAUAUAAUUCACAUAAUGUUUAAUCUAAGUUUCAUUUCUGUCAUUUAGGGUAAAUUGCAGAAGUUUGGCAUUUUAACUUCAUUUAAAGCAAGCUGGCAAAGAGAAGGUGCCAGCCAGCACCAGCUUCGUUUUGCAUCUGAGCAAAGAUAACUACAGCAUGCAGCUUUUCCUCCUGUAAUAUGCCUUCUCCCUGCUCCCCACCCCAGAAACCCACCAGCCCCAGCUUCCACCUAAGCCCUGCACUUACACCUCAGGCACAUAGACAAAAGACAUGGCUUUUAGAAUUAACAUUUUCAUUGCAUGCCUGAUGUACAGAAAUUCUGAAGGGUUGUUUUUGUUUUUUUGUUUUUUUACUUCCCAGUACAGGAAGUUUCUGGGAAUUUUUGUAACAGUGAGGCAGAUAAAGAUACUGGUUGUUGUACCAGCUUCUAACAAAUUGUAAUUAGGCCACUUUGACCAGCUGGUAAUUAAGGUCUUUGGAUCCAUGCCUGUAUGGUAAGUGGCAGAACUAUUCUAACCACAGGUCCUGGUAAGAACCCUUUAGGCAAGAUUCAUCAACGUAUCUCUAUACUUAGAGCCAUUGAAAUCUAAAAUGUUGCUCUCUAGGUAGUCACAAGUAUGUAUAGCUUACAGCUGAUAGGCCCAACUGAAAGAUAUAGCAGCUCUGGACUGGUUCUGCCCCUUGUUAUGUAUAAUUCAGCCUCAAGUUGCUUGAUCACAAAGGGAAUAAGUUUACUAUAAUUCUAAAUAUAUUUUUCAUUCAUAUGUGAAAAUAAGAAAAAUUCAAAUGCUUUCUCAAAAAUAUAAGAAAAUAAUUCAGGCUACUCCAAACCCCCAAAGUAACAUUGAGCCACCAUAUAACAAAGCUGCUUAUAUACUGUAAAACACCUUGGAUGAGCUCCAAACUGGAUUCUCCUUGUAGUGAUUCCAUUUGAUAGCAAACAUUCUAGAGGUUCUAAUUUGUAUUCAUUUCAUUCAACCUUAUUAAGUCAGGAUUUAGAAUAUUUAAAAACAAACAGUUUUGGUUCCUAGUCAGUUCUCCCUUUUUACUGGACAUUUUAAAAUGAAGAUCAGCUUGGUCAUAAAAAAGAAUAGGAUUUGGACUUAAAUUGCAGCUUGGCUUUGAAGAUUCUCUGUUGAUGAAAUAAUGUUCACUGUAACUUUUUACUGAUGCUAGCAUGUUACUGCAAAUCCAAAGGCAGAAAUACAACUAAUUACCAGAUAGAGAUCCUUUGGGUGAUCUGACUGUAUUUGCUUUCCACAUUGUGUGACCUAGCCCAAGAUUUCAGUCUUAAUAAGGAAAUGGAAUGGUUUAGUUUAGGAUAUGUAAAUAACCAAAAGAUUUUCAAAUAUUUUUGAAACCACUAGAAAUUCCUUAAAGGUUUUAGACAAAAUAAUUACAAGAGAAUAAUCUCUUGUUGCUUAGUUCUUCAUUGUCACAAUUUAGCCCUAGCCCAUUUUGUUUGUUAACAUAAGGAACGUGAUUGGUCACUUCAACCUGCAUUGAUGAGGGAAAAACAGAUCUCUGUAGGUGGAAUUAAUAGUAUGGUUUGGUUUUAUAUCGCAAAAGUUUUUUAAAGCCUGUGUUACACAUAAGAUAUUCUGUUAGAAAUAGUGUCAUUCUUCCCCCUGAUUUUCUAAUUUACUCUGCCCUCACCCUCAGUAUGAAGAGGAAAAUGAAGUUAAGUUUAAAGUAUAGAAACAUAAUAAUAGACUUAACUCCAGUCCCAUGAGUGUCUGUGUCAUAUCCAUGUCCCAGGGCUAUGAGUCUUGUUUUCUGUUAAACAAAGUCACAACUUAAAAUCAGUACUUUGGAGAAGUACUACAUGAAUAAAAAUGAUCAAAAAUACAUUCUUUGAGCACCUUAUAUUUGUUGAAUUUGGCAUAUGCAUGUACACACACAUAUACACAUAUAUGAGAAAUAUCUCUCAAAAAUUUCUUCCACAUUUUUCUACAAUGCUUAAAAUAGUGGACUUUGUCAUUGCCAUGGGACCAGAAGAUAAUAGCAAUGUUCUUCUCCUUGAUGUGACAUCCUCAGAAAGUAAUGCUGUUCUCAAGUAGGCCUUGUUUGCCAAAUUUUCAUAAGUUGUCUCUGGUUUAUUGGCUUUGUGGCUGAGCAUUUCUAAGCCAAAGUUAUCAUUUAUCAUAACAGAAUCCAUCUCCUCUUUAACACUGAUAUCACCCACCAUUCCCAACAUUAGAGGUAAAAUUUAUUUUUAAAGUAGAGGGUGAGCUUUAUAGAUUUAUUUUUAUUACAGUAAUCUUGGAAACAAGGGCCCAAAAGUUUUAAAUGUGGUCAAUGAUGUAUAAAAUAUAUAACGUAAUUGUUUUAAGAACCUUUAUUUCUUUGCCUUAAGUUAUCAUUAUCACUUCACAUUUAUUGAGUGCCAAGUUUCCUAGGUGCUGUCUUUUUUUUUUUCCUUAAUAGAGAAUGACUAGGUCCUUGGGACUUUAUAGGUCUGCCAUCAGUCACUACAGACCAGAAAUUCUUAGUAGUGAGCUUUGUAUAGAUGACUCAGAUUCUACAGUGUGAUGCUUUUUUUCUUUUACACCUCCCUAAUCACCCCCCACCACUGCCAUGAGUUAUGUUGUACAGAUUACCAUCAGCAAUUUUUUUUUCUAAAUACACAGUUCAAAAACUAUGAUUGUCCCAUUUACUAUUUCAUUUUUGUGCAGUUCCUUGAAAAUGGUGACAAUGCUAAGCACUACAAAACAGUCCUGGCACAUUUGCAAUGAAUACAAUUAAGGCACAAAAAUACUCUAAAUUGUAACACCUGUGUGGGAUACAUAAUCCUUCAUAUUACCAGAUUUUUGGGUGGGUAAAAAUCAUUUGAUUUCUGAAUAAGCUAUUUAGACUUUGGGAAGAAGGACUUAAAAAAAGGAUGCUGAACAGAAACUUCAGUAGAAUAGAAAUUUCAAAUUCAUGUCUUUGAACACAAUUUGGAAAAUAUACUGAGGUCUGUCUUACUCCUUUUGCCACUGGAUGAUGUGAGUUAAGAAUGGAAUUGUCAACUCCAAUUUUAUACUUCCUCUUAACUUUCCUCAGUUUAUUAAGAAAUUUUAAUUUUAUUGUAAAUUGUGUUUUUAAAUCUGUAUUUAUUAAGUUCUGGUGGUAGACCAAGUAGCUGCAUGUUAGAAAUAUGGCCAUCCAGAAAACUUGUUUGAAAUUUUAAGUAAACACUCAAGAGCUUCAGAAAUCAUUUAACUUAUUUUGUACGUUGCAAAAAAAAAUUUUAUUUUGCUUAGAGUGACAUUUUUUAUAAUUGUGUACAGCUUUUAAGGGUGUGGGAGGUGGGGAAAUAACACCCAAAAGUAGAAUGUAGAUUUUUACAAUUGUGUUUGUGAUAGAAUAUCCAAGGGUACAUGCUGUAAUUAAAACUAAAACUGCUUAACAAUUUGUGCCAUGGUCUUUUUCAUCCUCCUGCCUGAGAGCUAAGUGUUGCUGGUAUACAUCAAUCCUGUCAUACAUACAAAGGAUCUGUGACACCAGGAGACUAAUGCAACCACUGUUCUCCUAUUUCCAAAGGCAUUUCCCAAAAUCAAAAAUAAGUGAGUGAUCAGAUAAAGGGGCCUGGAAUGAUCCCAAUUAGAAGGACUGGCAUAUUAUAAUGAUCUGGUUUUUCCAAAGUCAUAAUAUCAUAGCUGGUCUGAUGUUUUGUUCUCAUCUCCAAUAGCCCUUUGCCAUUUGGGACUUUUAUCCUUUCAGAAGAACCUACCAGUGAUUUUUGCAUCUACCUAGUACAGAGUAUACAGUACUGCUAAUUUUGAAACACGUGGAAGGCAUCUAAUUGCUUAUGACUUAUAGGCUUAGACUGCUGUUUUUCCCAUGAAUGCCAAUUCAUCCGCUUUUAAAAAUAGGCAUGGCAAGAAAGUGCAGAUCUUGUUUUCUAAUUCCACUUUCCUUGAAGAUAGAUUUUGAAAUCUCAUUCUUUUAAAUAGUACAUUUCCAGAAUUGGUUUUAAAAAAAAAACAAACUUUGUUUCAAUGUCAAUGUAUUGCUCCCCCCACAAUCCAUGUAGCCCAGCUGUGCUCUUAAAAAGGAAAAAAUACAUCUGCGUGAGUGUGUUAAUAAGCAUCUAAUCAAGCUAACUGAUGUGUAGCUUCUGUCUGCAGCUGUUAUCAGAUAGGACAGGCUCUUCAUUGUAUUUAUGAGUCCUGCAGUGUAAUCCUGGUGAUCUUGAGUCUCCUGCCUUGGCAUAACUAAUAUAGACUACUUACUAGCAGAUAGGGAUUUGGGGGUUCUCUGUGUAUUUGUUGUUUUAAGUAUAGUAUCUGGCAUUCAGAGGAACUAAUCAGAUCAGAGCUGCCAGAACAUGCCUUGCAAUUUAAGAUAUGCUGAUGUGAAACACUUUAUUUACUCCUAUUCUUUGGAUCUGUUUUGUUGGGUUUUUGUUUUUAAGAAAAUAUAGUUUGUGGAUUAGGUUCUCAGACUUAGGGAAUGCUUCCAUUUAUUUUGUUCUUGACAGACAAGUAUUAAAUGUUAAGAAGCUCAGCGAGUAAGGUCAUAGAUAUGAUACCUUAACCUUGCAAAAAGGCUGAAUUUCUAUUUCUUGAUGGAAUCAUGAUCAUUGCUAAAGGUCUGAAAGGAUCGGUUUCUUCUAUAUGGAUGUGUCUUGAAUGUUGUAGUGGGAGAAUAUAUUUUAAAAACUGGAAGCGUGAUUCAUUGCACAGAAAAUGGGUGAUACUUUUCACUCUUUUUUUUCCCACAACUAUGCUAUCACAAGCAUGUAAAUUUUGUGCAUAAAAAUAAUGUGGGAAGUCCUGGUAGCCUCGGUGCUCAAGGGGUUAAACUGCAAUUUAUGAACAGCUAGUGUGUUAAAAUUGCAAUGCACAACUGUUUAAAUACUAUAUACCUUGUAAAUGAAAAACAGAAUAUGUUAAGGCUGGUGCCAAUAUUUUUGUUAAUGAAAUGUUCAAUGUUGUCUCACUACAGUCUGGUCAGAACUCUUUUGGUGUGUAAACUAGGCCCAAAGCCAUUUUAUAGCUGCUGGCCUAAUUGUGUAACUUUUUCUUUCAUAAUGCUUUUGUUAUAAUACCUUCUGUCAUUUAUUACAUAUAAAUAUGACAUGUUACGUUGUCAUAAUAAAAAAAUUUUAAAUAA